AUGGCUCAUGAACCGUUAGAACCUACUGUAAUCCAAGAGGAUCAUACAGUGAGCGUUCCUGUCGCGGAACAAGUGACACUGCGAGUUUUACCAGAGUGGGAGCAGAUCUUUCCACCACCGACACUACGCUCUGCGAAAGAGAGCGACGCGCUCUCCGCCCUGGCUUCGAUUCGUCUCUGUGUCUCCUUGGAUAGCACUAUCUCCGACCUUGAGGAGCAAGUCAGGCGCGCAUAUCUCCCCCGCUGCUGUGCGUGCCUGUCGCUUCCUGAAGAGCGCAUCCAUGAGGCCCUCGAGAGCGCACACAUCCGCUAUACCGCAUCUGUAUUAGAUCCGCAGUGUACACUCCGAGCGCUCCGUUUGGCAUCUGGGACCACGCUACGGUGGUUACGAAUCCAUGACCCGGAAUCGCCAGAGGCAUCCGCGGCAGCGGUGCAGUUGCAGACAAGCGCUCCGCAGCAGCGGCGACGAAGAACAACCGUUCAGCGCUUGGAGCCGAAUACUGGCUUGACCAGCGGCGGCGCUCGUGUUCUCGUAUUUGGAGAGCACUUUCCCCCGGUAGCCAGAGUUCGUUUUGGACGGGUGGUGGUGAGCGCAAACCGCAUCUCUGCGCAGUGCCUAUCGUGUAUAGCCCCAGCACAUGAGCCGGGUGUAGUUUGCGUCGAGGUAAGUACCAGGGCGACGACUGCUUCGGAGCAGGAUGCGUGGACGCAUGAUCGCGUCACCUAUACUUAUGUGGGAUACGAACGUCUGUCCAUGAUCCUUGCGGUGCAUGCCGCGGAACGAAGAGCCGCUACCGCCCUCACUGAGACCCAGUCGCCGUGCAGAAGCUCGAGCGAACCCCUCUCCUGGCUGCGUCGCGACCCCGACGAUGAAGACCGUCGUUGA